AUGAAUACAACGUUACAAAAAAAAUUGGAAACCGCAUUAAAGCCAUCUCAUUUGAGCAUCGAAGAUUUCAGCGAUGGAUGUGGACUGAAAUUUCGUCUGGUUAUUGUUUCCGAUAGCUUUGAAAAUAAAACGACUUUAGCAUCGCAUCGAUUGGUUUAUGAUGUUUUGAAAGAAGAAAUGCAAGCAAUACAUGCGCUAGAAAUCAAAACUUAUACACCUGAAAAAUGGAAUGCAACGGAUGAAAGCGAAAAGAGAAAUAUUAUCAAUUUUAUUAUCUUAUUUCAGGAUAUACUGAGAUGUGAAAGCGAUCAGAUUGGCACCGAUGGUCGUUUUCAACUGGAAACCUUUUACGGGAUGUUUGUUUAUCAGUUGUUGAAAUGGACAUCCGGUAGUUCUAGCAGUGAAGAUAGAGAACAACAACCAGUUGAAGAAAUCAGUGAAGGACUUGCCGCAGAAUUCGCUUCUGCUUGCACUUAUUUACCGAUUGUACUUAGUGAAGGUGUAAUUUCACGUGAAGACCAGUUAUAUUUUUAUGCGCGAUAUAAGCUUAUUACAUGCGGAAAGGCUGAUCCCAGUAAGAUGCCCAGAAUAUACGAUGUUAUUAGUCGUGAGAAAUUCGAUGCUUGGUUAGCGUUGAGCAAUAUGUCGAAAGCGGAAGCUAUGAGGCAGUAUGUUGCGAGGCUUACUGAACUCAGUCUUGGUUGGGACGCAAAUCAAUCCUAUCAUAUUCGUUAUGGUGUUAGACCGAGUACAUUGGUGGAUGCUAAAUCUACCGAAACAGAAUCAUCUGAUAUGAGUUUAGAGCAGAUCGAAUGGUUUUCUGCUUUAGAUGAAGACAACAUCGAGAAGCUAAAAAAUCUUUUAGCUGGUAAUCUGGAGCUUCUGGAAGAAAAAAAUGAGAAUCAAUUAACUGCGCUGCACUGGGCUUCUGAUCGUGGAAAAUUGGAACUUGUUGACUUUCUCGUUGGUGCUGGAGCUGAUGUUAAUAUUCAAGAUUAUGGUGGACAAACACCUCUACAUUAUGCCGUAUCAUGUUCCCAUCGAUCUGUAGUGGAUUUUUUGCUCAAGAAAGGUGCUGAUCCAACAAUGGCUGACUUUGAAGGGAAUUGUCCGUUGGAUAUCGUUAGUGAUACAGUUAUUAGGAAAAUGUUGGAAGACGCCCUUCUGGAAGGAGGAGCUAAAUCUUGA